AUGCGGACCCACCUCUACUUCCCCUUCGUGUAUCUGACGAAGACCUUCGACAGGGUGAAUCGCGACGGAUUGUGGAAAAUAAUGCAGAAAUUCGGCUGUCCUGAACGAUUCACCCAAAUGGUGCGUCAGCUCCACGAUGGCAUGAUGGCGCGAAUCACGGACAAUGGAGCUGUCUCAGAGGCAUUCUCAGUGACCGAUGGAGUGAAGCAGGACUGCGUUCUCACGUCUACUCUCUUCAGUCUCAUGUUGUCUGUUAUGCUGCUGGACGCCUACCGUGACGAACGCCCUGGAAUCAACAUCGCCUACAGGAUGGACGAUCACCUCGUCAAUCAGCGGCGGAUGCACUCCCAGUCAUUUUACUUACAACCACGGUCCAGGAACUUCUAG